AUGAAGUGCCAAAUAGAUGCCACAUCUUGCCCCAGAAGUGAUCCUUCUCAUCUCCUUCAUGAAUGGUAUCAACCAGGAAACCUUCUUAUUGGUGGGAUCACAGCUCAGACUAUAUAUGUACUUGAUGAACAUUACUUUGAAGAACAUCCUUCACAGAAGUCAUUUAUGCCACCUCUAGUGGUUUUAAAAUUGUAUCAGCAUUCCCUGAGUUUGGCAUUUGCUGUGGAACAAAUCAACUCAAAUCCAAGACUUUUGUCUAAUGUUACUUUGGGAUUUUUCAUCUCUGACAACUAUUUUGAUGCCCGGCUGACUUACCAUUCCACUUUGGAACUGCUCUUCCGAUCUGAUCAGUUGGUUUUCAACUACAGAUGUGAUAUCAAGGAUAAUCUCCUUUUGGCCAUUAUUGGAGGAUUUGGUGCUGAUAUCUCAUUCUUCAUGUCAGAUAUCACAAGUCUUUACAAAAUCCCACAGCUCGCCUAUGGCUCUUUUGCUCCAAAGAAGCAUGGGACAAAGAUGGCUGCUUCCUUUUACCGCAUGGCUCCCAAUGAAAGCCUUCAGAUUGUGGGGAUUAUCCAUUUGCUGAAGUACUUUGGAUGGAUAUGGGUUGGUCUUUUAAUUAUGGAUGAUGACAGUGGAGACAAUUUUCUCCAAGCCUUGGACCCACUUCUUUCUGAGAACAGAAUCUGUUCUGCCUUUGUGGAGAGAAUGCCCAAACAAGUAUUUUUUUUUAUGUUUCAAAAUCAAAUAGUGGAAAGGAUAUAUGUUUUUUUGUUGGAUACCAAAAUAAAUGCAUUCAUCUUCUAUGGGGACAGCACAACACUGAUCCUUCUGCUAAUGUUCUUUAAAUAUUACAACAGUUGGAAAGAAGUGGGAAAAAUAUGGAUCCUAAGUGCUCAAAUGGAUUUAAUGUUAACAAGCUUUCAUCGACCCUCAGAUCUGCAAUUGUUCGAUGGAGCAAUUUCCUUUGAUAUUCACUCCAAUGAAUUGCCAGGAUUCAGUGAAUUCCUUGGGGCCAUCAAACCAUUCCAGACCCAACGAGAUAGUUUGUUGAAAGAAUUCUGGGAGCAAGCCUUUGAUUGUUUUUUUUCAGAGAGCAAUAAACUGGAAGAAAGUAGUGAAGCAUGUACUGGGAAGGAAGAUCUAAAAAAACUUCCUGCAAAUUUAUUUGAAAUGACUGGCCACAGCUACAGUAUCUACAAUGCAGCAUGUGCUUUAGCACAUGCUGUUCAUCGCAUGAACUUACUUAUAUCUAAAUACAAAAGAAUAAAAGAGAGUAGAAGGAAUGAACUUCGAGAUCAAGAAACAUGGAAGGUCUUGCCCCGUUCAGUGUGUAAUAACCCCUGUCCUGCUGGCUAUCAUCAGAAAAAGAAAGAAGGCGAGACAUUUUGCUGUUAUGAUUGUGAUCCAUGUUCCGAUGGGAAGGUAUCAAACAUGUCAGAUAUGAUUGCUUGUUCUGAAUGUCCAGAAGAUCAAUAUUCAAGUAAGGAUAAAGUUCAAUGCAUCCCCAAAAUUAUAACUUUUCUAACCUUUGAUGAACCUUUAGGGAUCAGUUUAAUGGUAGUUGCUUUUUUAUUUUCAGUCAUUAUCAUGCUCAUACUUGGAAUAUUUAUUAAGUAUAAGGACACCUCUAUUGUUAAAGCUAACAACAAGGAUCUCACCUACACUCUCCUCAUCUCCCUUCUGCUUUGCUUCCUCUGCUCUUUUCUCUUCCUUGGAAAACCUUUCAAACUGAUUUGCUUCAUCAGACAAUCUGUGCUUGGCAUUAUCUUCUCUGUUGCCAUUUCUUCUAUAUUGGCCAAAACUAUCAUGGUCAUUGGAGCAUUCAUGGCUAUCAAACCAGGGUCUGGCAUGAGAAAAUGGUUGGGGAAAAGACUGUCCAUCUUAAUUAUUUUUUCUGGCUCCUUCAUUCAAGCAGGCAUUUGUCUGGCAUGGAUGAUCACCUCUCCCCCUUUUCCAGAACUUAACUUGAAAUCAAUGAUUAAAGAGAUCAUAGCAGAAUGUAAUGAAGGAUCUGUUGUGAUGUUUUAUCUUGUCUUGGGCUAUAUGGGGUUUCUUUCUCUGGUCAGCUUCAUGGUGGCUUUCCUAGCUAGGAACCUGCCAGACACAUUCAACGAAGCCAAGUUCAUCACUUUUAGCAUGCUGAUGUUUUGUAGUGUUUGGUUAACUUUUGUUCCAACCUAUGUGAGCACCAAAGGAAAGUGUAUGGUAGCUGUGGAGAUCUUCUCCAUCAUAGCUUCUAGUGCUGGGUUAUUGGGAAGUAUCUUUUUCCCCAAAUGCUACAUUAUUUUGUUGAGGCCUGACCUUAACAGCAAAGAGCAACUUGUAAAGAAGAAGCAUUUCUGA